CGAGGUACUACUAUCCCCAACCUCGCCGAUUCUCCGUUCUCCACAGUCCUCCACACUCGCCGAGCGACACCGCGCGGGACGACCGAGCAAGCAGAGCAUGCAACCGUCGUGCCUGGGCGCAUGCAGCGGUGGAGGACUAGCACUUUCCGCCCGCCGCCUCCGCGCCCCCUCCUACUGCCGCGUCGCGCCGCAUAGGGCUUCCGCCUCGUGCUCCGCCGGUGGCGGCGGCAAGGCAUCGCCGCGGGGGAAGGACAACGUCUGGAGCGUCGAUAACGACCGUGCCGCCAAGGAGGCGGUCCGGGGCCCGAAGCACCGCCGCAGGAAACGCCCCAGCGGUCGCCGCCUGCCGCCGCCGAGGAGGAAGGGGAUGGAUGCGGGGUCGAGGGUUCUAGUGUCUGGAGCCAUGCUCGUGGAGGUCGAAACUGUGCUCCAAACUCAGGAACCUGUUAUAAAGCCUUCUUGGGAUACAUUUGCAAGUAGUUUAACUGGUAACUGGAAGGGUGUUGGAGCUAUCUUCUCGCCAAUCACAGCAGAGAUGGAGCCUGUUGGGGUUGGGAACAAAGAAGAGUACCUUUAUGACUGCUACACUCUUUCUCACAUUGAGAGAUCUUUUGAUGGUGGUCAUGGCUCUGAGAUCCGAAGGAAAACAAAUUGGGUCCCAAUCAAUCCGUUUGGGGAAGCUGAGAAGCAAAUCACAUCAUAUGAUGGUGGGAGUCAAAGCACUUCCAGUGGAAAGGGAAUUGCUGAUUUACCUUCAUAUGAGUCUUUUGAUCUUAACAGGAGUGCUGUGCUUGACGAAGAAACUUUUUCUAUGGAGCCUGGAAUUGUAUUUUUUGAGGACGGAUCAUACUCUAGAGGUCCAGUUGAUAUAGCAAUUGGUGAAUAUGAUGAAUCUAAAUACUUCCUUUCACCAACAUAUAAGUUUGAGCAAUGCCUUGUUAAAGGUUGCCACAAAAGAUUGCGGAUUGUGCAUACAAUUGAGUUUAACGAAGGAGGAGCUAACAUACAAAUUGUAAGGGUUGCUGUGUAUGAAGAAAAAUGGGCCAGCCCAGCAAAUAUCCAUGUUGAAGAUGAUACACUUGUUGACCUUAAACCAUUCUCUCAAAGAAGCCGGACCAAACCGUCAGAACUGACAGGCUCCUGGAAAGUAUACGAAGUCAGUGCAACGCCAAUUUUCAGUGAUAAAGUGCAAGAACUAGAGGGCGGUUCUCCAUUGGUCUACUUGUGCAUGGAGACGGUGAAGAAGAGAAACCUGCCAGAGAGUUCAGUUUUCUUUGGGGAGGAGGAGAUGCUCGACGUGCAGGAUGUCACCGUGCUUUGGUUACCUGGUGGCGUCACUGCCUAUGUUGACAUCAGCGAAGACGGCAUACUCUGUAUCGGAGUUGGGUGGUACUCCGAAGAAGGUAUCAACCUGGUGAUGGAGAGAGACUAUGGAACCGAUGGGAGGCUCAGGGAGGUUCGGUCGAAAACUGAAGUAAAGCGCAGGUGGUAUCAAUCAGUUCCAUAAUAACCCAAAGUUUAUUUUUGAUUUUCUGCUUAAAUUAAUCUUUGUUUCUAAAUAGCGGCCUAGGAUCAGUAUCUAAUACACCAAACCUUCCCGUUUGACAGGGUCGAUGUACUUCAUAGCUAAGCUGUAACUUUUGUUGCCUAUGUAGAAUGUGAAUGUUCUGGUUUGAACGAUAAGAAAAAUGAGCUUAAAAU